UAAGAUGCUCGCAGCAACUGAAACCCUAGCAUUUCUUCCUGUUUCUACAGUGGCAUCAGCAGCAGCAGCCGUCGAAGAUGAGGUCUGAGAUCUACAGAUCUGCUUCCAAGACCGUGAAAGCUCUGCUUUCUGCUUCUAGAAGCUCACCUCUUCUUGCUGAAGGGAGAGCAGUAGCAGCUGCUGCAGCAACUUCAUUUAGAGGGAAGACGCCGGCCUUGGCUUCAUUUUAUGAGAGGGCGCAUUCCAAGAGUGCUUUCAACACGUGGUUUUCAGGAGCCCUUGUUCUUCCUGCAGCAGUGUACAUGCUUCAAGAGCAGGAGGCACACGCUGCAGAGUUAGAACGCACUUUUAUUGCAAUUAAGCCCGAUGGAGUGCAAAGAGGACUGAUUGCAGAAAUUAUAUCACGUUUUGAGCGCAAAGGAUUUAAACUUGUAGCAAUUAAGUUGGUGGUUCCGUCCAAGGACUUUGCUCAGAAGCAUUACCAUGACCUCAAGGAAAGACCCUUCUUUAAUGGCCUUUGUAACUUUCUCAGCUCUGGUCCUGUCCUCGCCAUGGUAUGGGAAGGUGAAGGGGUGAUAAAAUAUGGCCGUAAACUAAUUGGAGCCACAGACCCACAGAAAUCGGAGCCGGGAACCAUCAGAGGUGAUCUUGCUGUUGUUGUUGGAAGAAAUAUCAUCCAUGGAAGUGACGGACCUGAAACGGCCAAGGAUGAAAUUAACCUGUGGUUCCAACCGGAGGAGUUGGUUAGUUACACAAGUAAUGCAGAGAAGUGGGUCUAUGGUGACAACUGAUCAAUCUCGGCCGCUUUGUUCUCUUUAAAGGUAGUAAAUUAAUAGGCAGAAGCUGCGGUGUUCGUUCUUCUGCAAUCUGCAAUUUCCAAGCAAGGUGGUAAAAGUCCACCCAUGACCACGCUAAUAAAAUCCUAUAGAGGUGAUGACACUCUCAUUUGCCUGCUAUGCAAUGGUCCAAUUGGAAUUUUGGCAAAAUAAUGCAUUGGAUCGUCCAUGCUCGUUGACACCAUUGAUUUCUCAGGACAUGUUAUUUAGCUCCUAGUAUCGAGGUAAUCUUACAAUUAUGUUUCCUUA